CCAUAUAAGUAUAUCAGAUGAUAGAAAGCCAUUGCCGGUAAACGAACUCGACGCAACAUAGGAGUAAACAAUUAAUCUCGCAGGAAAUUAUGGCCAACCGUGUCCUUAAAUAUUACUAUGAUUUUAUAUCGCAGCCAUCUCGGGCGCUGUACAUCCUGUUGGAACAAACGAAGACUCCUUAUGAGAAGUGUCCGAUUGCGUUGAGAAAAUUGGAAAAUCGUUCAACGGAGUUCGUGCAGAAUGUCAACCGUUUUGGGAAGCUGCCCUGCAUCGUUCACGGUGACUUCAAGCUGGCGGAAAGUGUUGCAAUUUUUCGGUAUCUUUCGCGAGAAUUUCAGUUCGAUGACCGUUGGUAUCCGAAGGAUCGAGCGCACCGGGCUCGGGUAGAUGAGUAUCUGGAGUGGCAGCACGCCAACAUCCGAGCUCAGUGUGCUCAGUAUUUCAUUUACUGCUGGAUCAAUCCACUGCUGGGACUGGAAGUCGAUCAGGCCAAGGCGGAACGAUUGCGUGCCAAGAUGAUCGACGGGUUGGAUGUUUUCGAGCGGGAGUGGCUAGAUGGUGGGCGGCAGCCUUUCGUGACCGGGAAGGAGCUGACCUUUGCCGACGUGUUGGCAGCUUGCGAGAUUGAGCAACCGAAGCUGGCCGGUUUCGAUCCUAGGGUCGGCCGUCCUCAGCUGGCAGCAUGGAUGGAACGGGUGAGGGAGGCUACCAAUCCGUACUACGAUCAGGCGCAUAAGAUGCUGUAUAAGUUAACACCGAAGGAGAUCGAGACUCCGAAGGUUCAGUAGUUUGAGUUUGCAUCGGUAAUAAAUCAUAGAUCUGAGA